GCGGAAAUUGAUCCGCGCGGUACGAUUCAAUCGUCCCCGAUUGUCUAUUCUCUAGUGCCGAUACCGGAGCAGGAAGAAAAAGUAUAUUACGAAUUGAAAACGUGUCGUCAAUUAUAUCAAAGUGCUGAAACAAAUAAUAUGACAACGUAUUCCAUAUCAGCCGGAUUUCGACAACCACAAUCAUCACAGCAAUCAAUUCUGGAUUUUGACUUUUCGAUUAGCGGAAAUGAUUCAACAAAUGGACGGCAUCAACUUUCACUUGUUGCAUCUCAGCUUGAUCCAUCAUUGCAUUUGAAUAAGAUUCAUCCAAAAAGCAACAAAAAUCUUUCAUUAAAUUCAAAUCAGGACGAUGAUAAUUUAUGCGUAGUAUGCAAUGAUAAAGCUUCAGGAAAUCAUUACGGUGUGCUAAGCUGCGAAGGAUGGCUUUUUCCGAAGAAGCAUCUCCAAGAAAGUGAAUUAUAUAUGUCACAAUCAAAACAAUUGUAUAGUGAAUUUGAACAAUCGAAACAAAUGUCAGUACUGUCGAUUUAA